AUGCGUCUCGCUGCCGCCGUCGUCCUUCUGUGCUCGUUCGUCGGCAUCACUCUCGCCCAGCUGCCACCUGGGACACCUUGCGCCGUCCCGUGCUUUGUCAAGAACGCCGUUCUCUCGCCAUGCGGACCGCUCAACACCACGUGUCUGUGUACCGAUCCUGUCUUCAGCAAGAGCGUGGAGGGAUGUGUCCUGGACAGCUGCAUUGUUGAGGAUGCCCUGAUUGUCCAGAAUGUCACGAAUAACGCCUGCGGUGUGCCCGUCCGGAACGUGGUGGCCCAGUACAGCAUUAUAUCACAGACCCUGACCGUCCUCGUCUAUGUCUUUGUCGGCGUGCGGAUCGUCUACAAGCGGUUCCUCACCUCGCUGGGGCUUGGAGCAGACGACUGGGUCAUGAUCGUCGUCGCCAUCUUCUGCGUCCCCAGUACCGUGCUCAACGCAAAGCUCGCCGAGUACGGCAUCGGGCGGGAUGUCUGGGCCCUGACGCCUUCCGACAUUACCAACUUUGGCAUCGCACUAUGGCUCAUCACGCUCUUCUACUACGUCCUCAUCUCCCUGCUCAAGAUCUCCAUCCUGCUCUUCUACCUCCGCAUCUUCCCCAGCCAGGGCUUCCGCCGCGUCACCUGGGCCACCAUCGCCGUCGUCUCCCUGUACGCGCUCGCCUUCCUCCUUGCCCACAUCCUCCAGUGCCAGCCCGUCAGCUUCAACUGGACACAGUGGAACGACCCGGGCGGCCGCCCGGGCACAGGGCCGAAGCAGGGCCGGUGCAUCGACAACAUUGCCGUCGCGCGGUCCAACGCCGUCAUCAGCAUCGUCCUCGACGUCUGGAUGCUGCUGCUGCCGCUGUACAAGGUCCGCGAGCUCAACACGAGCCUGAAGAAGAAGAUUGCCAUCAGCGCCAUGUUCUUUGUCGGCACGUUCGUCACCGUCGUGUCCAUCAUCCGCCUCGUCUACCUGAUCCGCUUCCAGAACAGCAACAACAUCACCUAUGACUACACUGCCGCCCUCAUCUGGUCCACAGUCGAGAUCGGCACAGGCGCCAUCUGCGCCUGCAUGCCCUCUCUACGGCUCAUCCUCAUCAGGCUCUGGCCCCGCAUCUUCAAGUCCAUCGCCAGCAAGCAGAGCCGCUACGCGGACCAAAAGACACCCGGAAGCUCCCAGCCCGGCCGGGGCGGUGGCGGCGAUCACUACCAACAAGGAAGGUCAGGGGGUCAGUCUUCGGACGACUACCACCACCAGCCGCCGCGGGGGCCCGGCGGUGCCAUCACCCCCAGCAGCGAAUACCUCGACAGCAAGAAGCCCACGUCGCACAGCAGCAUCGCCAGCGUCAGCAGCACGUGGAAGCCCCGGAAGCUCUCGUCAUCCUACUCGUCGAAACACGCCGGCCAAAACUCGUCGUCGUCCAUGUUUGACAGCUCGUUUGGCAGUGUCAGCGUCGGGGGCGGCGGCAGCGGUCUGGAGCGCAUCGACUCGUCCGACGAUGACAGGUUCGAGCUGCAGCCCACGAGGCGGCCGGCGGCGGGCGCGAUGGUGAUGGGAGAAGGACCCGGAGGCGGAAGAGGAGGAAGAGGAUCAGAAAGGGCCGGGGACUCGGCGGCAUCAUUCGCAAGCAGCGCGGAGGAGGAGGAGGGUGUUGGAGCCCGGGUCGUUCACUCUGGGCCGCUGGGAAAGCAGGCGCUUUGA